AUGUCAAAAGAAAAAACAUCUUGGGGUUCAAUAAAAACAAAUUUUGCAAGAACUAAACAUAAGGUUUUAGCAUCAUUUGGUGCUGCAGAAACUACUGUCGAUAGUAAAAUUGUUGCAGAAAAAGAAAAAUUAUUCACCCUUUUUAAAUUAAUGAAAAGAUUAAAUAAAAAUGUUGAUAAAUAUGAAGCAACUUUAAAAGAAAUCAAUAUUUUACAAAAUGAAAUUUCACAUGAUUUAUUAGCACUUAAUGAGAAUGACCCAGCAAUUAAAGCUUAUCAAGAGGUAUCAACAUCACUUGAACAAGAAAGAAUUAGAAUUGAAGAAAUUUUAGAAAAUUACUACCAUGAUCCAUUAAGAGUUUAUUUAUCACAAUUCAGAGAUAUUAGAUCUCGUCUUGAAGAAUUGGAUCUUAGAAGAUUAGAUAUGGAUAGAUAUUAUAGAGAUUACAAUAUUAAAGCAAAUAAAGGUAAAGAUGCAUCAAGUUUACAAAAGACUGAAAAUAAACAUACAAAAACAAAAGAAGCAUAUCAAGAAUUAAGUGAUGAAAUUAUGAAAGAUAUGUAUGCAUUAUUUGAUGAUAGAAAAUUAGCAUUCGAUCCAUCAUUUGCAUGUUUUAUAAAUAGAAAUAAUGAAUAUUUUGCAAGAGCAGCAGCAGAAUAUCAAGGUGCAUUAGCAUCAGUGCAACAUAUUAAUGAGUUUGAAGCAACAACUCACCCUCAAGCUAUCACACCAGUCGAAUCAAGUUCAAUGAGUAGAAAUGUUAGAUCAUCAAGUGUUUUUACAAGUCCAAAGGAAUUUAGUAGUAAUGGUAGCACACCAACUCAAAGACCAAGAGCUUCAACUAUUGCAACUCCUUCACCAUCUUCAUCAUCAUCAUAUGACUCUUCACCUUAUUCAACCACUACCACCACUACAACCACUACAAAUAACUCUGUUAAUUUAUCGAAACCAAGUUAUGGAGUACCAUCACCACAACAACAACAUUAUCCACCACAACAAUAUCAAUCAUCGCCACAACAACAAGAUGAAGUUCCUUACUCUUCACCACACGUUCAACCACAACCAUCUAUCAAUUUACAUAAACCAACAGUUAAUACAUCACCAGUCAAUGGUGGAUCAGGUCGUCCAUUACCAACACCUGCUACAAAUUCAGGUGUUAUUCUCAACAAACCUAGAUCAACAACCAUGGCUAGUGGUCGUCCAUUACCAACACCAGCACCAGCACCAACAACUAAACGUGUUCAAGCACUUUAUGAUUUCCAAGGUCAAGAUUCAACUGAAUUAUCAUUUAAAAAAGGUGAUAUGAUUACAGUUUUCAAACAAAAUGGUGAAUGGUAUGAUGCUGAACUUAAUGGUGUUAAAGGUUUAGUUCCAUGUAAUCAUACAAGUGGUUAG